CAAGAUCUGUUGUUCUUCCUAAUAACAAUGAAAAAAAUAUUGAAGAAAGUGAAGAUAAUUAUAGUGAACCAAUCGGUUCAUCUGAUGAUGUUUGGCAAGAAUUCUCUUACGCACAGAAUGUGGCGCUGGAUGUAGAUGAGGAGGAGGAUGAGGAGGCUCUUUGACCUGGAGGGUGAUCGCUCACGGAGUAUCACCCCAGGUAGUGGUGCUGAUGAUCCACUACCAUCUCCGGAUGCAGAUGCUGGAUAUUCAUCACCCGGCCCCUCUGAUGCAGCACCAGAACCAUCCCCCGACGCAGCACCAGAACCAUCCCCCGACGCAGGUGCUACUUGGACCCCGACAUAUCCAUCAUAUACAUUCCAUACUGACUUACGGCCAAAGACCCAAGACUUUCUCAGCUGA